AUGUCGACAGUGCAUCUUCAGCUAGAAGACCCCGGUGCGCCUCCAUUCGCCGCCAGAGUCGUCGAGAUACUCAAUUCUGCCUUCGACUCGAAUAAUGCUAUCUCGGCCGAAAAAGCCGCCGCGGCAAUAAACUCACUCUUCAUUUCAGAUUACGAGGAGCAUGCUACAGCAGGUUCUUUUCUUUGGUGGUUCUGGGACCUCAUGCAUGACCUAGCCCGCCAGGUCCCCAACGAACAGCCUGAACAAGACCAGCUAGCGGCAAUCAUCAAGGCGCUCCUCAGUCUACCACCCAAAACGGUAAUUCUGGGCGAAGACUGGGGAGGUGCAAACGAGAGCUCGAUCGAUGUGUGGAAUGGUCUUCCCAUGUUUGCGAAUACCUUGAACGAGACGCUCAGUGAUGGAGAUCCAAGAGCUCCCAGCGAAGAAGCAAGAAAGGAACGCCUGGUCAGCCUGCAAGCAUACGCAGCCCGAGUCGCAGGCCUAGGUCUCGUCUCACUAGAAACAAACGCCAUAUGGGCGCUCGUAGACGCGCUCGAAGGCACCGUCAAGCCCGUACGCGGUGCUCCAGACGAGAUCAACUCAGAUCCAGCUGCCGUGGAGAACAUCACACACAAGACACGUAUUGCCGCAGCUUGGAUGAUCCACGCCGGCCACCUCUUACACGGGCGCGAUGAGGUGGUGAGCGGGGCGACAGCUGGACCCCUGUGGAAGCUAGAUAAGAAGGAAGCUGUGAAGUCGAGGCGCAAGUUAAAGGGAACUGAUGGGCUUUGUCCCGAACGGUGGCAGCUGUGGAAGGAGAGGUUUGCGGUUAUUCGGGACGCUGAAGGGCUUGAUGAGGGGGCGCGGAAGGAUGCUGGUGAUGCUUACACAGCAAUGGAGAAGAUUGAGAAGGGAUUGUAG